AAACUCUUCUCCGGCUCCGGGAGAGGCUCCAACGGCCCCGCACGAGCCAGGCAGAGCCGCAGCACCCCGCGCGCGUUCGCAGUCGGGCUCGGCCUCGUCCUUGUCCUUUCCCCCUCCCUAUGUCACUUCCGCUCCCGGGAGGGGUAGGAACUACAUCUCCCAGCCUGCCCCGAGAAGGAAGGGUUUCAGCAGCUGUUACUGCGCAUGCUCUGUUCCAGUCCCGUUCGUCCUCUCCUCUCCCCCGGUCAACAUCACUAUCAGUGCUGCCUCCGUGUGAUCCGGCCGGGGGGGCUUUCUCCGGAGUUCACCCGGCUGCAGAAUGACAUCCCUGUUUCGCUCCAGCUCAUCCCAUCCUCCCAUGGGACAGGGGAGAAAAAUGGCUGCAGUGGAACAAGUUCAGGGGCCAGUGACCUUCGAGGAGGUGGCUGUGUAUUUCACCAGGGAAGAGUGGGCUCUGCUGGAUCCCGCUCAGAGAACUCUCUACAGGGACGUCAUGCAGGAGAACUAUGAGAAUGUGACCUCGCUGGCAGGGUUUCCAGUUUCCAAACUGGAUAUAAUCUCCCAACUGGAACAAGCGGAAGAACCAUGGGUCCCAGACCUCCAGGGUUCAGAGGAAAGACAGAUGCUGAGAGCUCCCUGCACAGCAGGUGAUGCAAUUGUAUGUGAGAAUGAGGAGCAACAUUCUCAGCAGGAAAAUGUUGAGCAAGUGGAUAAACACAGAGAAUUAUCGCAAAGAGUGAAAAGGAACGUGUCCAGGAGUCAUGAGCUGGGAAAAUCCUGUGAGAUUCAGCACAGAACAGAAACAGAACAGGGAAGCCAGCCAGGGGAGAAAGUGGGUAAAUGUAUUUCCUGUCCAGGAACUCAGAAGGACCUUAAGGAAACCACAACACAGCAAGAAAUCCUCAGGGGAAAGAGAAAAAAUACAUUCACUGAGUGUGGGAAAAACUUACGUGACUAUUCAGCCCUUAUUAGUCAUCAGAGAAUCCACACAGGGAAGCGACUCUAUGAAUGCAGUGAGUGUGGGAAAAACUUCACUCCCAGAUCACAGCUUAUUAGGCAUCAGAGAAUCCACAGAGGGGAGAGGCCCUAUGAAUGCAGUGAGUGUGGGAAAAGCUUCACUCAGAGAUCACACCUUAUUAGGCAUCAGAUGAUCCACAUAGGGGAGAGGCCCUAUGAAUGCAGUGAGUGUGGGAAAAACUUCACUCACAGAUCAGGCCUUUCUGAACAUCAGAGAAUCCACACAGGGGAGAGGCUCUAUGAAUGCAGUGAGUGUGGGAAAAGCUUCACUCAAAGAUCAGGUCUUUUUCAACAUCAGAGAAUCCACAAAGGGGAGAGGCCCUAUGAAUGCAGUGAGUGUGGGAAAAGCUUCACUCACAGAUCAGUGCUUUCUGAACAUCAGAGAAUCCACACAGGGGAGCGGCUCUAUGAAUGCAGUGAAUGUGGGAAAAACUUCAAUCACAGCUCACACCUUAUUAGGCAUCAGAUAAUCCACACAGGGAAGAGGCCCUUUGAAUGCAGUGUGUGUGGGAAAAGCUUCACUCACAAAUCAGCCCUUUCUGAACAUCAGAAUAUCCACACUGGUGUGAGACCCUAUGAAUGCAGUGUGUGUGGGAAAAACUUCACUCACAGAUCAUCCAUUAUUAGGCAUCAGAGAAUCCACAAUGGGGAGAGGCCCUUUGAGUGCAGUGAGUGUGGAAAAAGCUUCACUCAAAGAUCAGGUCUUUUUCAGCAUCAGAGAAUCCACUCAAGGGAAUGACCCUAUGAAUGCAUUAAGUGUAGGACUACCUUCUCUUGGCAUUCAGACCAUGUUAGGCAUCAGUGAAUCUGCAAAGGAGAUAAACACCAUAAAAACCUCUAGGGUUACCAUUAUUUUUUUUCUUUAAUACUUUUCCUGAUUCCCACAUAGUAACUUUUAAAGCUGUUUGACUGUUUGCAGCACCAUUACCCCAGUUUGUCCAGUUGAUAGGCCCAUUUUUGCCUUUUGCAGUUCUCCCUGUUUUGGGGUGGACAAAUAGGUCUCUAAUUCGAGUGUGCCCUUCCUGUCGGGAACCAGGGAGCAUCACAUUAAUACCAUUCUUCCUGUUUCAAAGUUAUUGUUAGAAUGUGACGUUAUUAAUAUGAACUGGGACCUUAUAGAUCAGUGGUGUCCAAUAGAAAUUCGAUGCUAGCCACACUUGUGGUUUUGAAUUUUUCUUAUUAGCCACAUUAUAAAAAAGCCACAUGCAUUGGCCACAAUUCAAUAGCCUAUUAGCCACAUGUGGCUAGUGGUGAACGUAUUGGACACCGCUAGUAUAGAUCAUUGUUGCAACUAAGGUCCUUUAGUGGCACCAAAUCUUGUAUAAAGUUGGUGAAAUAAAGUAUCUAAGACAAGGUUAUGAUUUGCUGGUUAUGAUUAUGCUAUUUCUAUGCAUGUAUCAUUUGUGUAUUUAAAGUUAUAAAUGAUCUAUGCUGUCUGUAUUUCAAGCUUGUGCUAUGCUUCUGGGUGACACCCCAGAAAGUUUGUCAUCAUAGAAUAUCAGGGUUGGAAGGGACUUCAGGAGGUCAUCUAGUCCAACCCCCGGCUCAAAGCAGGACCAAUUCCCAACUAAAUC